AUGCCGAAAAAUGAAUCUGAGUGGAGACUGGUCGCUAGAGACUAUGAAGCAAAAUGGAAUUUUCCGAACUGCAUUGGCGCGAUGGACGGAAAACAUAUAGCUGUUCAAGCACCAGAGUGGAGUGGCACUGACUAUUAUAACUAUAAACAAUUUUUCAGCAUUGUUUUAUUUGCUAUAGUUGACGCAAAUUACAACUUUAUUUAUGCUGACGUAGGAUGUCAGGGCAGAAUAUCUGACGGAGGAGUUUUUAAUAAUACAUCAUUUUGUAAAUCCAUGGAAUUAAGUAUGCUUAAUUUGCCUCCCGAUAUUUCUCUUCCAGGUAGAACAGUAAAAUCCCCUUAUGUUUUCGUCGGUGACGACGCGUUUCCGCUUUUGCGUAAUAUUUUAAAACCAUAUCCAGGAAUUCAAGAAAAAGGGUCAGCCAAUCGAAUUUUUAACUACCGUUUAAGUAGGGCGCGUAGAACAUCGGAAAAUGUCUUUGGAAUAUUAUCCUCUGUUUUUCGAGUUUUCCGGAAGCCAUUACUUUUAGACCCAGAAAAAGCAACAAAUGUGACUCUUGCAGCUAUUUAUUUACACAAUUACUUAAGAAAUAGUCCUUCGAAAAAAAUAUACUGCCCUCCUGGUACUUUAGAUUCAGAAUGUUCAGAUACUAUAGACUAA